CAAAUGGAGUGGAAAUAAAAAUAAAAAAAAUCGGUCUCCCCCGAAAGACGACAUAGAGCAAAAACAGUGAAAAUAAAAGUCCGGAAAGUGGUUGGAAAAAGUUAUCCGCGAGCAACUCGGUCGCGCCCGGUAUUCGGUGAAUUGCUAGCGUAGUGUGUAGAAAGUGUAGUGCAGGCCGCCAUGAUGAGUUUCGCACUCAGCAGCCAAUUCUAUAUCGAUGCACUAGAACGUGCGAUACACGAGCAAGUUCCGCAGCACUUUCAAACGCUGGCGGAAGAAAACCAGCUCAAUCCGUUCGAUCUCGUACCGCUGGACAUGAUGACGACGAUGGUGGAACCGUCCGCGGACGGAAUCGGGUCCGACGGCGGUGAGGCAAAGUUUCAGCAGUCAGCAGAAAACCAGCAGCAACAGCAGCAACAGCAGCAGCAGCUGCUGCUGCUACAGCAAUCGGACGAGCAGCACAGUAGUAGUGGCAGCGAAGGCAACCCAUUCUGCGACAUCAAUGAUAAUAGUAUUCUGGUUGAGUUUGAAAAGAUAGACGAUGAGCUGGAUGAGGACGGAGGAUGUAAUAAAGAAAACAAUACUCUAUACGAAGACGGAGAGCCAUCGCAUGCCACUAUCACGAUCGAGGGUCCGGACAAUCAAAUACUGGCCCGGUAUCGGUGCAACUAUGGCAGCUGCAAUCGGAGCUACAGCACGGUGGGCAACCUGAGGACGCACAUGAAAACACACCGAGGUGAAUACAAGUUUAAAUGUACCGAGGAGGGCUGCACCAAAGCGUUCCUGACGUCCUACAGCCAGAAGAUCCACAUACGCGUCCACACGAAGGUGAAACCGUACAUCUGCAGCGAGAGCAGCUGCCGCAAGGCGUUCAACACCCGCUAUCGGCUGCGGGCGCACGAACGCCUGCACAACGGCGAAACGUUCAACUGUGCCGUCUGCCAGAAGGUGUUCACCACGCUGAGCGAUCUGAAGAAACACUCGCGCGUUCACACUCAGGAGCGACCGUACAAGUGCAAGGAGGACAAAUGUGGCAAAGCAUUCACCGCGUCGCAUCAUCUGAAAACGCACAUCCGGACACAUUCGGGCGAGCGGCCGUUUGCGUGCAAGAUCAGCGAUUGUAACAAAUCCUUCAGCACACCGCACAGCCUGAAGACACAUUCGAAAACGCACGAGAAGCCGAAGAAAAAGUUCUCCAAAGCAUCCAAGAUGAAGAAGGCUCGUGCUCAGGUGCAGGAUGAUCAGGAAGCAGAAAUGUCCUCGUACGAUAUAGUGCUGGUAGAGGAUGAAAAUGAACACGACGGGUCGGCGGCUAGGCGUAUCGAGAGUGUUGCGGAACAGGCCGAAGCACUCGGGGUCGAUCCUGCGCACGGCAUUGUGGCUCCGGCGGAUGAGUUUAACUUCGUGCAGGUGAACGAUUUCCACGAAUCGAAAGCGCUAGAGCUAGCGCUGGCCGCGGAGGAAGAGCUUAACCCACAGUGGAUCGACAUUUCGAUGCUGCAAUCCAAACCGCUGGCCGCACUCGAUCCCGUAACGUCCGCCUGCGUAGCACUACCGACCAGCGUCCCUUCGUACGUGGAUCUUUCGUUCAACGUGAACGUAGCGGACUAUCUGCCGUCCACGGAAACGAACGGCGGGAGCGUACCGUCUGCCGGUGGAUCGGCCGUGCCCACCGACCCAGGUUCACAGGUGUUUACGAUCGAGAAUUAUUUCGAUGCAAAUUUGCUGGAAAGUGCUAACGCCACGGUGCAGAUUGAUCGCGCGAUACAGAACAGCGAACAGCGGGCUGGUGGUGUGAAGCAGGAAGAGCAGGAAGAGACGGAAAAGUUGAUCAAUGAGCUGUUUGCUGAGGAGUUCCUGCCAAAGUUAAGCGACGCCGCGAACGGUGAACCGCUGACAGCUGCCGGUCCAUUUGUGCCGGUUAAUCGAAUGGACAGUGGUGAUAGCGAUCCGAGCAAUACUAUGUUGAUGGCCGGACCUGCUGCUAUCCCGACGGCAGAUGGUUCGACGAAAACGCUGAAGGACAUUACGGCCGAUGCAGAUAUUUGUCGCUGUGUCAACUGCCAGUGUGACCCGUUGCAGGGUUGCAUCGGCGGAUGCGGUCCGGAGAAUCCUUGCCGUGGUACAGUUGCCGCUGGUGCGGGAUUCAAUGUGCCGCCUGCUUUGAUACCAAGCAUCGCUCAGCCGCAUAUGCCACAGCUAGCAUCGCUUGAAACGCAAUCUAGUGUGCCUGGUGAGAUGAACAUGCUGGCAAUGCAGCAGCAAUCCGUGCCCACCAAACCAACCAACGCGCCCUCGGUAUCUUCCUGCUGCAAAGCCACACCACCGUUGGCCUUAAGCGAGCACGACGCAAUCGGUACAAUCGGACCGAAGCUAACCGACCAGCUGGAACCACUGACAAACAUGCUGAAAAGCUUGCAGAACUGCUCCUGCGCUGGACCGCGGGACGGUCACUCGAAGGGUUGCUGCGUAGUGAUCUGCCUGAAAACGCUGGAAACGCUCAAAAAGGUGCUGAGCACACACUCCAGCCUGAUCCAUUGCCACAGUAGCAGCAGUAGUGCCAUAAUCAACUGAGUGCAAUAGGCUUCAGCUUAAACAAGAAACGCAGUACAAACACAUCUAAUCGCGCUAUAUAGUUGUGUUAGUGAUAACAAGCAAACAAGGAGAAAGGAGAGAUUACAGUCCUGAGAGGACGCUAGCUGAAACGGUUCUAUUUAGUUGGGUAAGGUUGGUGUCGUGUUAUUGUUUCCGCGCGUGUGUGUGUGUGUGUCGUUAUCGUAUGCUUAGUUAAACUUCGAACCGAAGACAAAGGAGCAUUACUUUAGGAGAGGAAAAUGCUCACGGCCCACUGAGAAGCGCCGGCCUUUUGCUGCUAUUGCUGCUAUCCCAUCGACUUGUUCCCUACACUACACCCUAAUCUAUAUGUUAACUUUAUCUUAUUUUCUUCAAUUUUCUACUCUAAACGUUGUUUAAUGCGCAUACAUUCUUCCUGAAAAUGCCUGAUAGAUAUUUCGCAUUUCGUCUCUUGUUAUCUGGUUUGUUUGAAUCGUUCCUAUACGUCCGGGGGUAUUUGAUGAGCGAAAGGAUAGGAAACGGUGCCAACCCUCUAUGCUAUGUUAGUAUUUUAGAAUCACUUUCCCUAAGUACCUAUUUCUAUAUCUUUCUACCGUUAUAAAAGCGCCUUUAGCUUCGCUAUUACAUUCUUUAUUGUGCCAAAUAUUUAAAAAAAUUACACCAAAUAUGAUGCAACGCUAUAACGGUUGCGAAUUUGUUACUGAAACAGGAACUAGGAUUAGGUAGUACGAGCUGUGGAGCAGUGGAGAUUGAGAUUGGGGUUCUGUUUUUGAGCUUUUAGCAUUAGUGCGGACAGGAAGCAUAACCCUGUGCAGGCUUGCGUUUGGUUUUGCAUAACGAGCAUGAGUAGAUAUCGCGGGACGAAGAAAACUGUGUGUGAGGAAGGCGGAAAACAGAUUUAUAUUUUUACGUUGUAAGUUAGCUAUGAUGUUGCGUUUUUUUUAUCUACCUAGUCAUUUUGUUCGCUUAACGGCGAGAUCAAACUAUCAAGAACGGUAACCAUGGGAUACGGGCGAACGAACAAAUGCCAACGUGCCAACAACACCCCAAAAACUCAUUACGAAAUAGAGAUCGAACGGAGAUGUGUUUUAAAUAA